AUGGAUAAAAAAAAAGUCGACGCAUCGGGGAAAGUACGGAACGCAACCAUCAACAACUGCACUGCGCUGCACUGGCACAGGGAUCUACAGGUCUACCAAUCCUUUCCAAACCAGGUACCGUACCACGACCAGCACUUGGCCCCAUCUCUACCCGUGCUCCCGGUAGCCUUACCAGACGGGGUACAUCAGCAGCGAAUCUCGCAUCUCCGCGGACAACCAAAAAUAUUUGCUAGUUCUAUCGAGCAAUUAUUACCCCAGCGUUUCCUCAUUGGCUCCAACUGCACCCAACUCCAUCCUUUGCUCACCACAACUACCGAUCCCCAUGUACCUUCACCGAAAAAUCUCGCCACGCCGGGAGCGAUUCGCCAAAAUGCAUGGAAGCUCGUUAAAUUUGUCUCUUUUGGUUUUGUCUAUUCCUUAAUUUUUUCCGCCUAAUUCUAUGGAGUGAAUCUCAACCACUGAGCUUCCAACGUGAGACCCCCUUGAUCGCAAUGCCAAGACCCACGUGGAUAUUGUAUGGCGAGGCGGUUGGAUACUCGGGCCUGCAGCACAAAGGAGUCAGAGAGAAAGAGGGUCAAUUUCAAGGUCGGCCCUGCACAAAUCAGGUGUCAAAAUUGGCGGCCGGCCGCAAGAGUUAGCCCGAACCCCCGAUUUCCAUUCCAGUUCCAACGUUAUCCACUUGGAAUUCGACGUCCCGUGACUUGACCUCCCGCCGGCUGGUUGGGUAGGAGUGGCUCUCGGUGUUCAAACACGAUUCCGUGGUGCGCUGUAUGCCCAGCAAAAUUAGUCGACUGCUAUCAAAGAUAUCGUCGGUCUAGGCUGGUCUUUUACCCCUGAAAAGGGAGACAAAGCUACGGAAACGGGCUAAGAGCCCGAACCCCUCCCGUGUCUCUCACCUUACCCCGGAAAACGUCAUGCAGGGAGCCCCUCGGGAUUCGGUCAUGCGGCUCACCAUGGAGGGGGCAAAGAGAGGAGAGGAGGAUCUUACCGUCACCGCUUGUCCUAUUUCUCUUUGUCACGGGGGGCGAUAUUUGCUUGCCACGUCUAUCGGCCUUGGCUUGCUGCGGCGGCUCCGUUCGGGCUUGUAAAGCACUAAUGGCGAGGUGGCGUGUUCGACAAGCCCAUGUUUUGAGGAGUCCGUCCCGAGCCCAUCGCCGCGUUCGAAAUGCCCUCGUUGGAGCUCAUGGUCUGCAAGUCAAGCACGUCAUUUGCUUGCGAAGGCUUGUCGAUUGUGGGUUCUGACCAGAUGUAGAUACGAGCGAGCGAAUGGGCACACACUCUCUCUCUCUUCUAGACUAGCCACGAUGGUCAUGCCCAGAGCACUGGACAUGCAACCUGCUCAGCAUCCCGAGUUGUUAGCCGUCAGCUCGUCAACCUACCCUGCAUUCAAAAGAGAUAGACCCUGACUCCUGAAUAUUGACAUCCGAGUGGAUAUUCUGAGCUGUACAGCGGUGUGCAUUGUGUGCUGUUAUACGGGGUAUCAUCGCGUUGCGCCGGGUUGCAUCGGAUCGAGCUCAUGCGGCCAAGGACCAGCGAGCAUGCGAUCCCCUGCCAUGACUUUAAAGUUUAAGACACAUGGGGGCCAUGGACCGAAUACAACCACGAUAAGAGCGACAAGAGCGGCAAGAUUCGAGUUGCAUUGCCCUCGGCGUUUGGGCCAGUUCGUGGUAGGUCCUUUGAGGGCCCCGCUUCAUGACUGGCACGCACCAAACGACGCUUUUGGAGGCUCGGUGCUGAUAAAAUUUAGCUCGGCAAGGCACGUGCGUUGGCCCGGGCCGACAACCUGUCUCUGUGCCAAGCAGUUUCGGGAAGGCGGAUGGAAUAAAUUGGUUGGACUCGUGAGCCGGACCGAACAUUGGUUUCUAUCGGCGACCGAUGGGCUCGGUGCCGGAUGAGCAACGUGUUGCCCCUGUGACAAAUCACAGCUCGAUGAUAGAUGCGAAUAGGCAAGCCUCGAGACGUGCGAUGAUACUUUGUUGGAGCGAUUUCAUACGGUCUAUGCUUCGAAUCGACUGGACUUGAUUUUUCCGACUUUGAACGUAGGGGAUAACAUCAAUGCCGUGGCCAUAAACAGGCCCUAGUCAUAAUUAAGUAUUUUGUCUUG